AUGGAGGGUACCGAAAAUUUGUUGGUGUAUCACAACGGUGAGAUUAUACAGAAUACUCAUGAGGGAGUGAGCUUUGUGUGCGAGAAUCCAUUUUCGUUUGUAGUUCCAUUUACCAUGACGUUCAUUAAGCUUAAGAACGGUCUUUGUGAAAGCAUGGAGAACGAUAUGUUGAGGAGAGUGAGCAAUAUUCCGUAUCGAAAUCCUGUUAUAGUUUUUGGUGGUCUAAUACAGUUUGAUAUUAUGCCGAUCAUUGACAAAGCCAGUAUGCAAAAUAUGUUCCAAAUUCACCGGCAGACUCAAGUGCGACAGCCAAAGAUUGAGCUUUAUGUUGAGUUUGAAAAUGUAGAAAAAGAUGGGAUUCAACAUUAUUCAGAUAUAGAGGAUGAUAGAGUUGAAGUGUAUGAAGUAAUGAACAGUGAUAGCGAAGAGGUCUUCGAAGCUACUUAUGAAGCCGGUGACGAAGAUGAGGAUGGUGUUGUGGGAGGUGAGGUAGCAGUGGAGAAUGUAUUGGUUCCUCCCGCAGUAAGUCAACUGAUGAGCGUUCCACCUUUUAUGCGUAUCUUGGAUCUUGAUGCCCUGCAUGCACCGGAAUUUCCCGAAUAUGUAAACAUAGGUGUUACUGAUCCUGAGGACAUGGAGUUUAGGAUCGGAAUGGAAUAUAGUUCUAGAAAGUCUGUCGUCGCAGCAAUCAGAAGUUAUACUAUCUCUAGAGGAGUCGACUACAAUGUUUAUGAGUCUGAGCCACAGACGUUCUAUGCAAAAUGCAAGACGUAUAAGCGUAGGUGCGACUGGCUUAUUCGAGCCAGCUUGAUACAAAAAGAAGGUUGUUGGGAGAUACGGAGAUACAAUGGUAGGCACAUGUGCACCAUAGGAAUGAUUUCAUAG